AUGCUAGGAGAAAUUCAAGAGCUUCGCCACGAAACACUCUCGCCGCUCCAGACUGUUGAGAGUACUUUAGCAAAAAUCAUGGAAAUGAUCCAAGUUCAAGGAGAGACGGACGUGAACGCUGUCACACUAAGGAGCGGGAGAGCACUUCCCGAAGUUAUUCCACUACCACCACCACAACCUGUCCAAACGGAAGAACCAAGAGAGGAGAAUGAUGAAAUUUUCAACACAAGGCGAGAUGAACGAGAAAAUGAAAAAGAAAUCGGAAGGGAAGAAUCGCAGCCGCAACCUUCUCGAAAAGGAAAAGAAAUCAUGCAAGAGCCACCACCAAUGCCGAAAGCAAAGCUUCCAUUCCCUCAGAGAUUUCGAACCGACAUUGAUAACGCGAAAUAUGAUAAGUUCUUACAAAUGCUACGCCAACUGCACAUCAACAUGCCAUUAAUUGAUGCAUGGGGUGAAAUGCCGAGGUAUGCUAAAUUUCUUAAAGACCUUUUGUCUAAUAAGAGAAAACUAGUUGAAUCAGCUACCGUAGUCCUAGGAGAAGAGUGCUCCGCUAUAUUACACAAAAGUGUGCCCAUGAAGUUGAAAGAUCCGGGAAGUUUCACUAUUCCGUGUAAUAUAGGGGGGACAACCUUCAAUAGAGCCUUGGCAGAUCUAGGUGCUAGCAUUAAUCUGAUGCCUUUUGCGUUGUAUCGAAAAUUGAAUUUAGGAACUCUUAAACCUACCCGCAUGUGCAUUCAAUCAGCAGACAGGUCUACCAAAUACCCAGAGGUAUUCUGGAAGACGUGUUGGUCAGAGUCGAUAAAUUCAUUUUUCCAGUAG